AUGUUGGAUCGUAAUGUCUAUCGGCGUGAGCUGCAAUACGAACAUACUUGUUGUGCAACACCUGAACAUCUUCAAGGCACACCUGUAUACAGACUUGAUCAUGUUGCUGAUUGCACAUUUUUAUUCGGCGCUCGUUACGGUUUAUCACAAUUAUCUGAAAUUGCAAUUUUAUUUUUAUUUCUUAUCAUUUUUGCAUUAUCAGCUGCCUUGUUGAUUUUGGUUGCAUACAAUCGAUUAGAACGACGACAAAAGAAGAAAUAUGCAGACAUAACGGAAUCACAAUCAAGGAUAGCAUUGACACUUUCACAGCAUCUCAGCAAUUCACCUACAUCAUUAACUGAACCAUUAAGUCCACCGCCGGAAUCACCGAUUUCCGGGAUUUCAACGAAAAUGCCACCACCACCGCUUUCCAUUCUACCCAGUAUUUAA